AUGUCAGAAGUCGAAAAGAAAGAAGAAGAAACCACCACCACUACCACUGUCGAAAAGACUGAGGAAAAGAAAGAAGAAACCUCUUCAUUUGCCCCAGCCGCUGAAAUAAAAGAAUAUGCUGCCGAUGUUGAACCAAACGUUGAAUAUGAAGCAACCCUUAAAAGAGAUGUUGUUGAAGUUAAAACCAACGAAGAAAACGAAGAUACUUUAUUUGAAAUCCGUGCAAAAUUAUACAGAUUUGAUACAGACCCAUCACCACAAUGGAAAGAAAGAGGUACUGGUAAUGUUAGAUUCUUAGAAGAUAAAGAUUCAAAGAGAAUCAGAGUUGUCAUGAGAAGAGACAAAACAUUAAAAGUUUGUUUAAAUCAUCACAUCUCACCAGCUUUAUCAUUAGGUGAAAUGACUGGUAGUGAUAAAUCAUGGGUUUGGAAAUGUCCAAAGGAUUUCUCAGAUGAAGAAAAACCAGAAGGUGUUGAAGAGUUAUUUGCAAUUAGAUUCGCCACCCCAGAAAAUGCUGGACUUUUCAAAACUGAAUUCCAAAAAUGUCAAGCCAAAAAUGAAGCAAUUGAAAAAAAAACUGAAUAA